CUUUCUUGCCUUGCCUUGCACUUGACUUCUGCGACCUCCUCACUUUCAGAUCUAUUUCUCUUAUACCACCAACUCAUUUGCUUUGAGAUCCGACUCAAUGCAUACGCUCCGGCACAACGAACAUGGCCCGCAAUUACCAAAUACACCUAAGAAACAAUCCGAUGAACGAGGAGCAGCCAUGAAAGCUCUCGUUCGCUCCAUUGACGACCACUGGUAUUUGGGCCUAUCACAAGUCCGUGGGCUCGGCUGGUCUCCUAGUACCACUAAGGGAGGGGUCGCCGACAAGGUCUAUGGCCAGAUCCAGUACCUGUUCUACCGCAAUAAGUCUGGUCUCGAUGCAGCCCUCGAAACUUUCGCUGCCAAUGCCGCAGAUAAACGUUCUAAAGCUGACAAAUUGGACUAUCUCCUGUCACUCCUGCUUGAGCAUGUGCCAAGUCGUAGGAAACCAGGCGAAGACCUAGAAUCGAAUAAGGUUAUACGGUCGCCAUUGUCCAGCCAAGUACACGAAGUAGAAUAUUCCACCGAAAAUGUUGAGGAUUCCACCUACCAGCCGUAUGUCACUGCCCAACAGACUCGAUCCGGCACACCCACAGACGAUGAAGAUGAACCAGACGUCUUCGUUUCGGCUCCUCCUUCACCCUCUAUGGAUGCAUUAGCACGGCGCUUGAAUGCUACCCCAUACACCUCAGAACAAGGCUCUGCUUCUGGAAGUUCCCGCAGAAAGAGAAAGUCGGAGGCCUCAGCAGAGGAGAGUCCUCCAAAAGUCUCUCGAUCUUCUAGCCGGAGGAUGUCUCGAAUAGGACAGCCAGAAUUUGCUUAUCCGCCGUCCACGAUCUAUCCUAGUGGGCAACUCUUUCCGAGGCCAUUUGAAUCCACCGACACUUCUCCAAACACGUCUUUUUCGACGGAAGUCGCUGAUGUGUUCUCUCAACCGGACUGUCGAGACCCGGAGACCGCCGAAACAUCGUUCGCAGGUGAUACAUACGAGGACGCAGUGGAAAAGGAUGCAGACAACGAGAAGACAGUAGGUGGUGACGUUAACUAUCCAAACUUGAGGGUUAGUGGUUCCGCUACCAUGGGCUCUCUCGACGAAGAUGAGCUAGGGAUGGCCCUAGAGGCUCUGAAGAAUGUCGAAGAGAACUUAUCCCAGCCUAUGGAGGGUCUUUCGAUACAAAGAGACGAUCCUAACGUGGAUAAAGAUCAUGCCGUUCAUCUUCCUGAAAUGGUUCUAGACCCUACUACGCUCACAGUCUCAAGAGAAGGAGAAGACAGAUGGCAUGAGCCUACUCGCUUGGAAUCAUUUACAGAGACUACAGUCCCUGUGAAACAUGUGGCAGACGAAAGUGCUACAAUAGCAGAGCAUGGAAAUCAAGUCCCACCUCCCCGAGCACUAAAUAGGAGUCCUACGAAAUCACCAAUUGAGCAACACCAGAUUCGGGAUCUCCCACGUCAAGGCCUAUUUGUUGACAAUGACCCUGUUGAAUGGAAAGACGCCCCGUUCCACGUGCGGUGGGAAUGCCUUCGAAUUGCACAAGAGCUUGGCAUGCAACCUCUAGAGGUCAUGGGCCGCUACGACCCACGAUUUUCCGACUAUGAUGUAUUCCUGACUGAAAUUGUGUUACGCUUACCGAACACUCCAAGCCUUCGGAAAAUGGAGAAACCCUCUCGGAAAAUGUGGUUAGCUGCUCAAGACAACUAUGAAGGCUGCACUUUCGCAGGGAAGGUCGGCUUCAAUGGGACCAAUGUUGGGUCUCUGUUCAAAAUGAGCUUAGAACCACUACAGAAGCUUCAAUCGUGCCGUUUCCAGCGAGCGUUUGGAUCAGAUCGACUUCUUUACCUAACCAUGCCGUCUCCUCAUAACAUUCCUAAGAAAAUGGACCGCAUCAAAUACCAAGAAAAAAACCUACGAGCUAGAUUUGUGGAGUGGUUGCGCCGGACAGACCAUUCGUUACUCGGGCGAAAAUGGAGGGCUUUCCAUGUCGAGGAGAAGGCGGAUAAAAAAGCAGUCCGGGGAAACCGUACUUUCCAGUACAGGGUGGUGCUUUUUGCAACGUCUGGUAUCGACAUUCGUUCCGAGUGUGUCGAGUAUGAUCCGCAAUGCCAUUCGUUACGGCCUGAAAUCAAGAUCGAAGCUUUUCUGGACUGGUUCAUGUCGUUUGAAGAAAAUCUGGGCCAGAAGUUUUGCAAAGCGUAUGCACGACUUGAUCUCGGUCUCUCCAGAACGACUCCAACCAUCGUGUUUCGUCCGUCACAAGUCCGCAUGGUAGCUGAUACCCUGGCGGACGGCAGUCCCGAGGACGACACUUUCAAUGACCCCAAGUUAGAAUGGCCCGAGAAUGAUGGCUUUGAUCCCAACAAACCUCCUGUCAUGAACGAUGGUUGUGCACGUAUCUCCCUUGGUGCGAUGCGCGAGAUCUGGAGGAUGCAGGGAAAGGCUGGACCGGUACCCAGUUUUUGCCAGGCUCGAAUAGGUGGUGCGAAAGGGAUAUGGAUAGCCAGCGCGUCGACAACAACGACAGACGCAACCCAUCGGGAUAUCUGGAUCGAGAUCACAGAGAGUCAGCUUAAGUUUAAUCCCCACCGAGAAGAUCUGAACGAUGAUACAUACGAUCCAACCCGGUUGACUUUCGAGGUGGUCAAAUUCGGAACAACAAUCGUGAAUUCAGAGCUUCAUUUGGCAUUCAUCCCUAUAAUGAUGGACCGCGGUGUUCCACAAGCUACACUAACAAAGCUGAUGAACGACCGUCUAGAUUUCGAAAGGGAAGAGCUGCUCCAAGCUGUCGAAUCCCCCGAAAAGUUGCGGACAUGGCUCAAUAAAAAACAAGCACGAGAAGAAGAACGCCAGAGAGACGGGGGUAUGCUAUGGCAAGCGAGUAUGCCAUUACGGCUGCCCGAAAAGCUUGUUUUCCUCUUGGAGUCUGGAUUCUCUCCUGCAAUUUCGCAAUACUUGGCGGAGCAAACACACCGAUUUCUCGGGUACGUUCUGAGAGAUAUAAAGAAGAACCUGAGACUGCCUGUUGGAAAGGCUGCAAACCUUAUUGGUAUUGCGGAUCCGUACGGUGUCCUCAAGCCUGGAGAGAUUUAUGUAAACUUCUCGGCCAACUUCAUCGACGAAAUGACUAGGGAAAGCUAUACGCGGCUGGACGGCAUCGACGUUCUUGUAGGUCGCCAGCCGAGUUUGCGCAGAUCAGACAUGCAACGAGUUCGCGCUGUCUGUAAACCGGAACUAGAGCAUCUGGUUGAUGUUGUAGUGUUUCCAAGUCGCGGCUGUUUCCCGCUCGCCGGCAAAUUGCAGGGAGGUGACUACGACGGAGAUAUCUUCUGGACGUGCUGGGAACCAGAACUUGUGACGCCUUUUCUCAACGCGCCAGCUGCAACUACACCACCGUCAGCUGAAGAAUACAGAAUGACAGUCGAUCGCCGGACUCUGAAAGACCUUCUAGGAUCAGGGCCGGAAAGGAACGUAGGGAGUUACCUAACGGAGUCCUUUGAAUUUCGGUCUACGCAAACCUUUCUGGGCAGAGUCAAAAACUUCCACGAAAAGCUUUGUUACUUUGAGAAUACGAUCGACUCUCCUGGCAUCAACCUACUCUCCGACAUCCAUGAUCUUAUAAUCGACGCUGCAAAAAUGGGUAUCAUCGUAGAUGAAGACUGGUUCUACGAGUUAAUUAGCGACCCCAGAAUUUGCAACAGGAAUCCAAAGAAUCCAGCGUACAAAGCGGCCAUGGAAGACAACUGGGGAAAGCCUAAGAUGGGCGAAGAAGUCAAGAGUUACGGCGACGAUUCGAACAAGCCGCUAGAUUAUCUUUACUUCAAAGUCUUAGCGCCACACCUUGACGAGACUCUCAGCCUUGUUAAAGACUCAUGGACAUCAUCUACCUGCGAAGAUGCAGACCUGAUCACCGCUUACGAUAAGAUCACGCAAAGCGCAUAUGAGGAUGAGCUCAAGCUACUGCGGACAAGGUUUACUGAGCUCUACUCAACUUGGAUUAAAAAGACCAAGAAAAUGGAUGGCCAUGACCGGAAGGAGGACGACUACAAUCUUGCUGUAGAAGACUGCUACGAAAUCUACGAAUCUAUAUUGCCGUCGGAAAAUGCUCCGCUUUACUGGGUGGAAGAAGAUAUUCCCGGUCGCACUCCCUUCUGGAAGUUGCUCAAAGCUUCGGCUCUGCAUAAAUUCCAAUGCACCCACACCACCUUCGUUUUCCAUUGUGCAGGACGAGAGUUUGCUAUCACGAAGGCUUAUGCGUCUGGUCACUAUCGGGUGCUGACGGAGGCGAUGUAUGGCCUCUUGAAGCCAAAGAAGGCCAAGGCCCUUACGAGAGAUGCCGGAGUGCCGCGGGGUGGGGAGAUGGCGGAAUUCGACGAUGCGCCUGAAGAUUUUGAGUAGCGGGCGGAAGCUGUAGAGUUUUAUAACAAACGAAGCCGUUGAAGCUGGGACUCAGGCACGAAGAUUGCAAUAUCAUCUAUACCUACCUAUUCUUGGGAGUUCACAUAUGUCUUG